AUGCUCAUCAUGUGGCUGCGCACAAGGUUGCGUGACGUCGCAUCCCCUUUCGACAUGAUGCUUCCUCGUGGUGCACUUUAUGAGUGCACCGGGUGCACCAACAUGCGCGCACAGCCCCGUUUGGUCUUUCCAAACAGCAUGGUCGAUGCGGUGCAGAUCCUGGCACUCGAUACAUCACGACCAACCUGUCCCCUACUCCGCGCAGAGCCCCCUUAUAGCCGCCCUUAUGUAGUCCACGACGAGAAAACCAAAAAGAAAGCAGAUAGCAGCAUGACCCCGAGACUGUACGCGACAGAAAGCAAAAACACCAGGACCCCCGGCUGCCACAGCAUCGCCAGGGCGAGGCCCGAGGGCCCUCCUCGCCCUCGUCGCCGUGGCGAUGAUGGUGAUGAUGAUAAAGACGAUGACAAAGGAGACGAUGAUGCCAAACGAGAAAACCGAUCCUCGAUCACAAAGAGCUGGCUCUGA